AUGGGGGCGGUCAGGGUGGCCCUUCUUGCUGGGUUUCUCGCCGCCGCUGGGGGCCUGGAACUCACGAAGGCGGACUGGGACGAGAAGACGGCCGGCAAAACAAUUUUUGUAAAGUUCUUUGCUCCCUGGUGUGGUCACUGCAAGAGCAUGAAGCCAGCAUGGGAUAAGUUGAUGGAGGACUACAAAGCGCAUUCCAGCAUACUCGUGGCCGACGUGGACUGCGUUGGUGAUGGAAAGACCAAGUGCGACGAGGUCGGCAUCAAGAAUUUCCCAAGUAUCAAGUACGGGAACCCAAACAACUUGGAGGACUACACGGGAGGAAGGGACCUUCCGAGUCUGCAGAAAUUCGCGCAGGAGAGUCUUCGACCGACUUGCGGGCCGGAGAACAUCGACUUGUGUGAUGUGCUCAGCCGGAAGCAGCUGGAGGAGUACAUGGCAAUGCCUGCCGACGAUCUAAAUUCAAAGAUCAAGGAGCAGGAGGCAUCCAUUACGGCAGCAGAGAAGGAAGUGGACGAGCUUCUGAAAAGCAUGCAGAAGGAGUACGAAGAGGCAAAGAUUGCCAAGGAGAACCGGUUGCAAGAGAUCAAGGAUUCAGGCCUUGGUCUCAUGAGAUUAGUCAAGGACGGGAAGACGGCCCUCGAACUGGUGCGCAUCCGCCGGGCUCAGGGCAAGCUGUCAGGGGCAUCAGGCCGAGAGGACCCCGAAACGUGUCAAAGCUCUUGUGCCACGGAGCGGAGUGAGGAGCGAAGUGCAACACCAAGCCGCCCAGGCUUCGAGUUUGACGGCAAGGUGCCGAAGUACCUGAAGCUUAGCUGUGUGCUGAAGCCCCGGGCACAGCAGCCGCCGCCUCGACGCCGGCGCCGCCGGCCUCGUGCACUUCCGCAGCACAGCGAAGCCGAUGCAGCUGCUGCGCAGGAAGCGUUGAACAUCGUGGUUGCCGAGGCUGCAACCCCCAUCCGCUUGCGGGGCGCCGGAGGGGAGGUGCGGUUACCCGCGGAGACCUGGCUGGUGCUGGAUGCUGCUGCUGCCACAAGGCUCCCUGAGGUAAUGGGUGACUUGCCGCUGGGCAGCGAGGCAUCUGGGCACAAGGCCUUCGUACUGGAAAAGUUUGUACCAGCUUUGCGUCUACUAGAGGACGCUCAGCUCAACUGGGCUGCAGCUCAGGCUAACUUCGUGCGCUGCUCGCGGGGGGCUUGCUUCCUGGCCUUGAAGCAUGCCGCCUUCGUUUUGAAGGUGCUGGCCACACGGCAUGCACUGGACGAAACAGAAGCGCAGGGCGUGGACAACUUGCCGCAGCUGCGGACAGUUCUGGCGGAUAUCGAUGACAAAGUCAGUCGUGCUGCAGGGCUAGUCGGUAGCCGGGCAGCAGCUGCCACGAAGAGACCGGAGACCCCGCCACCGCGGCUCGUCAAGCACAAGCCGGACAAGAGCGAGGAGGCUCAAGAGGCCCCCAGCCCGCGGCACACGGCGCUGCGCAGAGGCUUGCAGGCCCAGACCGACUUCACUGCGUUUGCAAACAGAAGAUUCGGCAACUGCGUGCGCCUGUGGUUCGUUCUGGAUCCCGAGGAGCACCUCAAGCUGGCCAACAAGCAGUUUGUCCGGGGUUGCGAGGAGAUCGGAUUUUCCGGCUGCUUGACGACCCUGUGGCGACAGUUGGACCACGAUGGUUCAGGUAGCAUACUGUUCAGUGACAUCGACCCCCAGUCUGCCAUGCAGUUGGCCGACCUCAAGGUGAUCUUCACUCAGCAGUUCGAAGGCAGCGCCGAGAAGUUCAUGAAAUCCGUGGACUCCAAAGGCAGCCAUCGAGCCAGCAAAGAUGAGUUUGUACGAGCGAUGGAUGCGUUGAACUGCCCUCCCGGGACAUCCCGGAGACUGUUCGACUUGCUUUGCCGCUACAACUGCACAACAAUUUCGGUCAAAGAUCUGUUGUUUCUGCAGAGGUGGACCCCACCACCGUACUACUUUGUCCGCGGCGACUUGCGUUUGCUGAACAGCUUCCGAAGCGCCCUGGUCGAGCUCCACGGGAGCGCGCUGCGCGCCUGGUUCCGGCUAUGGGAUCCCGACCAGCUGUUCCGGAUCUCUUGGUUCCGCUUUCGGCUUGGUGUCGCGAACAUCGCACGCCGCCAUGGCGGCCUCCCUAACAUGGAGGAGGACGCAGCCAAGGUCUGGAGGACACUGGACGAGGAGUGUUUCGGCUGGGCGACCCUCCGCACCUUCUACCCCGAGGCUUUCGAGGCUGCGACUCGACUGAAACGCUGGGCGACACUUAGCCACGGAAGCGUGGCCAAGUUCGUGGCGUCCCUGCUGAAGAAGUUGGAGUCCCAGGGCCUGAAGCUGUCGAAGGGCAUGUUCCGCAAGGCUCUCGUGGACGAGGAGGUGUUGACAAAGGAGGCGGCAGAGAUACUCUUCGAAGGCUUUGAUGUGGAUGAGCAUGGGGCGCUGACCGAGCAGGACGUGCGGUGCCUUGACAAAUGGGACCUGGCUUUCGAGGAAGAAGCUCACAGCCGACGAACAAAUGUCGGUGCCACGAGUUCAUCGAAGCCGUGA